GGUCCUCCCUCCUCCCGCCUCUGUGGUCCAGUCCAGACUCCCCUGGCUCUGCAUUCCCUGGUUCCCGGCUCUGUGACAUCACAGACAGCCUCCUGUCCACUCUGGCAGCAGCAGGAAACAGCCCUGCCCAGGGAACUGGGCUCUAAUUCAAGAUCGGCUGACACAACAAGGCAUCCUGCAGAUAAAGCUGGCAGAAUAGAGGCUUCCAACUCCUUUCCAUGGCUUCCACAGAAACUCACCAAAACUUGGCCUCGAAGAUCUUCUGUUCAUGCUGCAGGUAUUGUGAGGAUACCCAAGCCUCUGAUGACUCUAAGGUUCCCAGUCAAACCCAGGAGAAUCAGCCAUCAACAGUGGAUUUGAAGCUUCAGAAGAGUGAGCUCAACAGACAAAAUUCCAAGCGCAUGAGCACAUCCUUGUCUUUAGGGAAACUCCUGCUCUAUCCACAGAAGAAAUCUUCCUCCAGCAGCACCGAGUUUGAAGAGCUGAAUGCACAAGAUCAUCAAAAAGGGUUUUAUAAGAGAAAUCUAAACCGCUACAGCCACGAGCAGUGGCCCUACCAGUCAUGCCUCAUCGGGAGACCCUGAACAUUCUAGUCGGGGGCACCCCAGAGUCUCCAAGCUGCUGGAAGGUCCCCAUGAGGAAGAGGGCAGUGGGCAGGAGUCAUGAAGACUGAUUUGGAAACUCCCCUGAAGGGGAGGAGAAGAUGUCUGAGUCACCCCUGGGCCCCCUGACCAAGUAGCUUCAGCCCCUGACAUGGCCACAGAGGAGAAGUUGUCACCAAUUAAAGGCCUUGGUUGCAUUAGA